AUGUCGCCGUAUCGCGGCAGCAGCAGCAGCAGUAGUACUCCCACUAGUUUUCUGCCCCGACUCGUCUCCCAGUCGGAACUGGCGGCCGACGUGGCGAUCGCCGUCGCCGAGGCCGCCUUGGCUCGACUCACCGUUCCGAAACCGCGCCAUAAAGUCCCUUCCAAAUUCAGCCAGUCGGCCCCAUCCACGCCGUCCGCUCUCCGAAGACGUGCCACCGCCUUCUUCCGCCGCCGGACGCCGUCCCCGAUGAAGUUCAUCGACAGCAGCGAGGAUGAAGACGACCUGGAGUUCCUCCGCGCCAUGAACAACGCCGAGAAGCGCUACUCCCAGCCGGUCCCGCCGCGGAGAAGACCCGCCAGACCUGCGCCGAGCCUCGGAAUCAUCCGCGAGCCUCAGGAAUCCUUCGAAAAAGAGCCGAGGAAAUUGACAAUCUUUGAACCUCCCAAGGGCGUCUCGAAGGCGGUCUCAAUGGAGUGCAUCACUUCUAGAGCCGCUAGAAUUGGUCCGAUCCCCAAGCCGCCGCCGAGACGUCUCAACAACCGAAGGUCGUCUUGCUUCGAGCUGAACAAAGACGACGAGUUCAAAGUGAUGGUCGCUGAUAAGCUCCUCAGCGCCAUGGACAACCUGAAGAAGGCCGAAAACGAAGCCGUCAAGUGGAGGUCGACAGAAUCGCUUAGCAAAGAAGCGACGCCGUCGAGAAGAAGGCUGUCCUCGAUCGGAGGCGCGAAAGGACCCCUGGAGAUGUUCUCCAACCUCGUCGCCAAACGCAACACCGUCCGGCACAUGUCAAUGGUCGUCAGUCCGCCUGUUCUGAUUUCCUCGACCUGUAGCGCCGUCGAACUGGAUCUCCUACCUGUGAGGCUUUGUUGAGACACCAGAAAUCAGUUUUUAUGAUAAUAGUCGAUUCACCACGACUUGAGGCAUUCUGACCUGUCUGCGCUCUCUUUUCCCUCACAGACUAGGCAUUAAUUUAAAAAAUGUGGUGCAGAGAAGUCAGGGUUGUUCAAGUUAGGGAAGGACCGAUAUUGGCUCGGAAAAGUUCUCGAAAUUGAUUUUCGAAAAUCUGUAUUGCUUUGAGACACACUGAAAAACAUCAAAAAGUUUUUUUUAUUGGAAAAAAAUGACUUGAAGAUUUAUUUCCAGACAAAAAAACGGCGAGAACAAGAGCAAUAACCAGCUGACGCGAGAUGUCAUGAAUGAAGUGAGUUUUUUUCGUUUUUUUGACAAGAUUUGAUCGAAAAAUGUUGAUUUUUUUGGAGUUCUGGAUCAUUUUUUUGUGAAAGUUUUCGAGUUUUAAAAGUUUAUUUUUUUCGAAUUUUUUUAAGAGGUUUUUUUGAAGUUUUGGCGCUCAAAUUUGAAUGGAAAUCAGUAAAUUUAGGGUUAUAUUUUUUUCCAGGUUUUUUUCCAGAUUUUUUUCCAGAUUUUUUUCUAUUUUUUUAAAAUUUUUCAAAGUGAAUUAAAAAAAGUUCUAACAGAAAAAAAUAUAUUAAAAAAAUUUUUUUGAGAGCCCAAAAAAAUGGACGUUUAUGAAAAAAAUAUCAUCACUAAAUAAUAAAAAAAUUUUUUUAAUUUCUGAAAAAUAUUAUCAAAAAAACAAUUUAUUACUCUGACUUUCGUGAAAAUUUGUGAAUUUAAAUAAAAUUUAAUAUUUGGAAACUUUGAAAAUUUUUUUUAAAAAAAUCUUAAAAAAAUCGGGUUUUUCCAAAAAAAGUGAGCGUUUUUAAGUUUUUUUCCCUUAAUUAUAACUGAAAUUCAUUGAAGAUUAUCAUACUUUUCAAAAAAACAAUCAUCAAAUGGUCGCAUUUGGAAUGGCUUGGAAGUGAGAAUUUUUAUCAUGAAUAUCGGAUAACUAACCGCAAAGCAUCCGCGACGCUUGAGCCAUUCUGAAUGCGACCCGUUAUUUUUUUCCCAUUUUCUGUUGUCUCUACUUCAGUCUUCGAACUGAAAAAUCCUGAUUGGAUACUUCAUUAAUUAUUUAAUUAAAUAAAAAAAUUUGUCCCGCCGCGUGUUGAUCAGUAGGCUUACGAGCGGAUUAUCACUGACGCAGAAGCAAAAUUUUUUUCACUCCCGUGUAGUCAUUUCGUUGACUUUUUUUGUUGAUCGGAGUGAUUUAUCGAUUAUUGAUUCGGGGUGAAGGGGAUUCUGUGUGGAAAAAAAGGGUCGAAAUUUGACAUUUUUACAUUUUGCUCAAAAAUUUUCCAUUAAAAAAACUCAUAUUAAGGUCACAUUUGGAAUGGCUUAGUGGCUUUAUAAAUUUUUUGGAAACUAUUGAAAAAAUUAAUUUUUGAGGCUUAAAAAGAAAAAAUUAAUUUUUGAGGCUUACAAACAAUAAUCCUUGAAUUUUUCCUCAUCAAAAGAACCAUUCCUAACCCAAGGACUCUUUUAAUACCUUAGGAUCAAAAUUUUCGUGGAAACCUCUUAUUUUCCUGUUGCUAGCAUCCCAUAAACCACACAAAGUUACAAAUUUUCAUUCUCUCAGAUUUUUUCAAACAGCGAAAAAUUUCAAUUUUCUUAUUUUCACUGUAACCCCAAAAAAAAGAACGAGAAUUAUCAUCAAAAGAACCGUUUCAAACCUAAACAAUACUCAGUUUUUGAGUAUGGGAGGUCAUUUUUGUGUAGGAUUUGGAAUUUUCUAUAACUUCUCUCAAACAAUCUUUGAUGAACUGAGAAUCGAUCCCCCGUAGUCGCUAUCUGCGCAAACUUCUAGUUUUUGAGAUUUUAUUUUUCAAAGUUUAUCAUUGAUCAUGUGACGCCUUUCGAAAGGAAUCUUGGCGCGCCACUAACCAUUGCACGACACUUGGAAGCGUGGUGCAGUGGCUAGCGUGUUAGCCUACGAAGCAUAGGAUGACGGUUCGAAUCCUCUUGCCGCUAACUUUUUUUGCCAUUAUUUCUUUAUUAGAAUUUUGAUGAGAAUAGCAAAAAUUUCAUAAGUAAAAACCUUUCCAAAUGAGUUCUAUAGCCGUUUUCUUUUUAAAAUCGGACAUAAAUUUUGAAGGUUUCUGAAGUUUUGGCAGACUUCACAUUAUCAGAGAACUUUUCUUAAAAUCCUUAUGGAUUCAUGAAAAUUUGAAAAAAACUUCCGGAAAGGGUGUUUGGAAAUUUUUUUUUUCCAAUAAAACUUAUUUUCGCUGUAAGUGGCCUCCAAAAUCGACCCAAAAAAAACGAACACUUGAGCGUUUAUCCUACAAUUUUUCCUCAUUAAAAGAACCGUUCCUAACCCAAAUUUCUCGACGAUUUCUCGUAAAGAGUACCCUCGUGCGAUCGCUCAGCACAUGACGGCCAAAUGCAAACAUCUCAAGUGUGACGAAUUGAAUCCAUUGGUCAGCCCUCAGUACCAUUACUACUCUUGACUUCAAAGCUUCUUUCCUUCCCGAUGAAAGGAAAAUAAAUGAAAAGAGGAAAAAUUUUUUGUGUUUGUCUUUCAUCCGUAAAUCGCCUUAACCACGCCAGGGAGUUUGGGCAAACCGUCGGUUUGGCCCCGCGUGAUUUGAAUUCUUUAGUUUUUGAGAAGAAGCUGGAGAAACGGGUGAAGGAUAGUGUUUGUUGGGAGGUCAAAGUAUGAAAUAAUCAAGAAAAUUUAUUUGUUCUUCAACAUUUUAAGAUUCAUUUUCGGUCAGGGACGGUUAUUUUUAAAUGAGAAAUCUUGUAAAAAGGCUUCAAUUUAUGCCUUUUUGAGGUUUUUUUUUCAAACUGAUCUCUUUUUAAUGUGAAGUAGGGAAUAAUCAAGGAUAUUUAUUUUUCUUAAACUUUUUUUCGAGCUGAUUCUUGGUCCGGGACGGUUAUUUAAUGGGAUAUCUUUUGAAAAAGCUUCAAAUUUUGUUUUUUUGAGGUUUUUUUUUCAGAUUUCUGAAUAUACUCAUACGUAGAUCAUACGUAGAUAUAGGCAAACACAAAAAAAUUUUUGCGUCAAAAAAAUUUUUGCAGAAGCGUUUCAAUCAUAAAAAAAAAUAUAGUUUUAUCUUGAAAACUUCAAAAAUCGUAGAAAUGAGUUCAAAAAAAGGGCCUCAGAUGAAAAAUUUGGUAAAAAUCGAUUUUUUUGAAUUUUUUUAAGAAGACCGAUUUUUAACAAAACCGAAUUUUGAGAUGACCUUUUUGAUAUUUUUUUGUUGAAAGUUUCGUUCUGAGGCACUUUAAAAAUAUGAAAAAAAUAUGUGUUUGGAAUUUCGCUUUGAUUGAAAAAUCACAUUUUUUUGGUCGUAAAAAUUUUAGAAUAACUUGUUAUUUUUUUGAAUCUUCAUAGACAAGCUUCAAAUUUUCAUCGUUCUAGGAAAAUUUUUAGUGGCCACUAUAGAGGCUCGCCAAGGACUAGAGGACACUAAAGUGGCCACUAAACUCACCUCUAUAGUGGCCACUAUUUUCCGUUUUACUGACUACUAUAGAGGUUCUCUAUUUAGUGGCCACUUGAGUAGUUUUUCUUCCAGUAACUCUGAUAAUUUUAAAACAAACAGAUUGGACCUGUUAUGUUGAUCCAUUGACCCCUAAAGUGGCCAUUUAAAUUUUUAGUGGUCUGGUAGUAGCACUUGGACCUCUAUAGUGGCCACUAAUUUUUAACACCUUAAGUGGUUAAUAAUUAGACUAAAAUAGUGGCCACUAAAACGUCAAAACCCUAUAGUGGCCACUGAAAGUUUUCCCAGUUUAUUUUCAGUUUUUUUCUCAUUUGAUUAUAGAAAUUUUCAUGACAAUUAACCGGAACGGACUUCUCAUCAUUGCGCGUCAAUUCUCCAACUUGAAGAAAUUUAUUUGAAACGGAAAAUUGUUCUUUAUUCUCCAAAUUUUACGAUCAAAAGCUUGAAGCUUCUUCCCCUUGGCUAGUACAGUUAUUCUAAAGCUUUUUUGGUGGGUGAAGACGAAUUUGGCCGUCGUUUGUAUAAACAUGACGUCGUCAUGGGACGUCCUAUGUUUGGAUUGGACGCUCCUUGACGAGAAAAAAAAGGAGAAGAAAAUUCCGGAUCUCACGCAAUUUUACGAACAAGGAACCUUCUUCUCAAUGAGGGGAUUUGUUUCAUUUGAAUGGGAAAAAGACGGAAAAAUGGACUUUUCACUUUUGACAUUUGUGGAAAUGAUUAUUUAUAGCUAUGUUCUAUCAUAGUUGAAACGGUUUGAGGAGCUAUUUUUGGACUCUUGACGAAAAAAGUUGAAGAAAAAUCAGCUUUUUUGAGUUUUCUGCUCAAUGAUUUUUGACGGGAUUUGCUGGGAAAAUUUUUAGAGGCCACUAUGGUAGUCAAAAUAGUGGUCACUGAAGGGGCUAAAAAUUAGUGGCCACUAAAGAGGUCUAAGGGCUACUACUAGACCACUAAGUGGCCACUUUAGGGGUCAAUGGAUCAACAUAACUGGUCCAAUCUGUUUGUUUUAAAAUUAUCAGUGUUACUGGAAGGAAUACUGGAUGAAAAACAACUGAAGUGGCCACUAAAACGGAAAAUAGUGGCCACUAUAGAGGUUGGUUUAGUGGCCACUCUAGUGUCCUCUCCAAAUAGUCCUUGGCGAGCCUCUACAGUGGUCACUAACAAUUUCGCCCCCGAUUCCUUUUUAAUUAUAAAAAAAGGAAAAAGGCUGAAAGAUUUGGUUUUUUUCUGGAAACUCUUGUUUAUCAUUAAGAAAAAAAUCAGCUGCUUAAUAAAUUCUAGUUGGAACGGCAAAGUGCUGAUCAAAGGUUUUUUUGGUGAUAGAAAAAAAGAAGAAACUCUCAAUAAACCAACGUACUUUUUGAAAAAAAAAAUCAAAAAGAAGAUAAAAAUACCUGAUUUCUCGGAUUAUUUGAAAAAGGCGAUUUUCUGGACCAAAAAAAGUUUGUGGGAUCCACAACAAAAUGGGAAAUUUAUUGAAAAUUUCGAUAAAAAUUGCUUUUUUGAAAUUUUUUUUUUACAAAUCUGUGAAUUUUGACCGUUUUUCUGCAGAUUCUGACACGCGUUGGGCCAUAUCCACAAAUCGUCCUACCAUCCAAUGGGUUCUGGAUGGACGGCGUCGGUCAAAAUAGCCAUGGGAUGGAUGAUCAGGUUCGUUUCAAGAUUCCAGAGCAUUUUUUUGAAAAAAAUAAAUCAGAAUAUAGGUUCUUGAAGGGUUUAGAAGCAGAAAAACGGAUUUUCAAGAAGAUUUGACGAUUAAAAAAAAUUUAUAGGGCAAAGUGACCAUUUUUUUGAGCUUCUCUAUGUAUUAUUGAUCAAAAAAAUUAGAAUAAAAAAACGAAUUUUUGAACGGUUUUUUUGGAAGAUAUAUUGAAAUUUUUCUAAAUUUUACCUCUUUCAGCUUGGUUUUAUUUGAAAAAAAUGGGAAAAAAAUAGCACGUUCAGAUAAUAUUUCUCGUACAAAAAAAUUGAAUUAGAUUAAUUAUUUCGCUAAGUAUUUUAAAGAUUUUCGAUGAAAAAAAUAAGAUUUCGAAAGAUUUUUAUCAGGAAAAAUCGAUAGUUUUCUCGUCAACAUGGAUUUUUUUCAUUCAAUUUUUCGAUCUUUAUUUUCAUAUUCUACUAUAAAAAAAUCACUAGAAGCUUCAAAAAUUUUUAAUUUUUUUAUUCUGAACUGGCUAUUCUCGACUGACAGUUUUUUUCAAAUCAACCAGGUCACGAUUAUAAAAUGUAAAAUCAGUUUCCUGAUUUUUUUUUGUGUUUCGCUCUGAUUUCUGGAUCAACUAAAACGAUUUAUUUAAGGUGAUGAGCCUCGGAAUCAACAGCUGUGCCCGGUUCAAAUUGGAGACUGAUGAGACCAGCCACUGCUACCGACGACAUUUCUUCAGGGAGGGUUCGUUUUACGGGAAAAAAAUACAACUAAAAAAAUCACUGAAAAAUGUUGAAAAAAAGGGGCUUCAGGACAAAAAAAUCUGCAUUAUCAAAUUUUUUUAAAAAAUCACCUGAACCUUUUCAACAAAUAUUUAACUAUUUUUAUGACACAAAUUUAAAAACGCUUAAAUCUGUGAAGUUAUUUGAAAAAAAUGGAGUCUUGUUGAGAAAAGGAAGUCAGUGGAAUAUUUUAAAAGGCACAUUGACUAUAAACAAUCAAAAAAACGAAAAAAAUGUGUAAUAAUAUUUCUAGAAUUUCGGUUUAUGUAUAGCAAAAAAACUUGUAGUAGAAGAAGAAACAUUUUUUUGAUAUUUUUUUCAAAGAUCUGGGAACGUUUUUGAACAAGAUUUCAUCUUUUUCAUGAUAAAAAUAAACGAAAAACUUUCAAUACUUUGAAAAAUUGGAACUCCUCGAUAUUACUUUCAAAAAUAAAAAGAGUUAGAUCGAGAAAAUGUUGAAAAAAAUGAUUUUAUAAGCUUUUUUUUACCGACUCGUCGUUGUUACGUUUCAAAAUAAUUUGAAAAAGCGUAAAAUAAUAAAGUUGAAGUUUGGCUAUCUGUUGCGUUAUAUUAAAACGAAAUCUUCUCAAAUCUGAUUAUCUGAAGGGAUAUUCUGAAGCUUUGUUGUAAUUUAUUUGAUAAAUAAAUCCGAAACCCACUUUUUUUCAUCAAUAUUCAUUUUAUUUUUUUCCAGGAACACCACGACUUUUUUUCGCCAAUGACCCAGUGGUCGGCCCCUGGUCUUAUCCGUCAGAACGGAAGUCAUUUCCUCGCACGACCAUUUCCGUAUCAUGCUCCGGACGAGGAAAGGAACUAUCCAUGAGAUCGUCUCGGCUUCAGGUUUUUUUUUUCAGAAAUAUACAAAUAUUUUGAGAAAAAAGUGACUGAAAACAAGAAAAAAAGGUUUUUAAGCGUUUUCCCACAUUUUUGACUUGAUUUGAACUAUUUUGAUCAACUUGAAUGAUGCUUGAUUCAUUGGAAACAAUCUAAAAUCGAAAAAGUUGUCAAUUCACAAAAAAUACCCAAAUUUCAGCCCUCGCCGAUCGUCCUUCAGCCUCGAGGAUGGCGAAACUUCUUUGCGAGGAAAUUACCACCGAAUUAUUCUCGCCUGUUGCUUUUCCUGGCGGCUCUGAACUCAUCGUUCAGUGAGUUUAUUUAGAAAACAAAGAAAAAAUGGAAAAAAAACUUCAUUAUUGAUGAAAAAGAGAAAGUGCGCGCCAUUGAUAACUCCCAGCCCCGCCAAUUUUCGAUCGAUUCGAGAUUUUUUUCCUCCUUAUUUCAAUUAGUUUUUGUUGUGUUUCGAAAUAUGAUUUGUUUUUAUUUUUAUUCGUCUAUUGACAGUAAAUUAAUGCACCUAACAGAGCGGAAAUUAGAGCGUUUCUAAAAAUUUAAAGCUCAAUAAAAAAUAAGCGUUCCGAAUUUUUUUUUAGGAGUUCUUCAUUGGAAAAUACUGCGAAUCAUUGCAUUUUGCUCAAUUAUCAAUAAUUCCUCUGUAUUUUGUGCCUUUUUAGUUUUUUUUUUCUUUUUAAAUAGCAUAGUUUUUUUCUUAUUAAAAAGCAAAAUAGCAUAGAAAGGGUUUUGUUUCAUUUCUCCCUUUUCAAGUCAAUUUUUUUUGUUUUUCCAGAUACGACGAGCACGUCUUGACUAACACGUACAAAUUUGGCGUGAUUUACCAAAAAGGCGGCCAAACGACGGAGGAACAACUGUUCGGGAAUGUCCAUGGAAGCCCGGCUUUCGAUGAAUUUUUGUCGGUCAUCGGCGAAACUAUCCCCCUUUGUGGAUUCCAAGUGAAUAUUGCGCAUUUUUUUUUUGUGAAGUUCAUUGUUUUUUAGCCAAAAAAAGGCAGGAAAAGUUGCUCGAAAUCCGUAAUUUUUAACGAUUAGAACUUUUAAAAUUUACAUUCUUGCAAGAUUAGAGCUAAUUUUGUUGAUUUUAGGAACUUUUUGAUAAAUAUACGGCACUAGUACUGAGAAUUAGGCGGUAUUUUUUGCUUUAAUUGCAAAUAUGAGCUAGAAUUGGAGGUUUUCUGAAGUGUUUCCGAAUUUUAACGACGAUUUCCAAAGGAAAUAAUGUUUCUAACUGAAUAAUGAACCUUUUUUUCAGGGAUACCGUGGCGGCCUCGACACGGCUCACAAUCAAACCGGCCAAAAUUCGGUCUAUACCGAAUUCAAGGGACGCGAGGUGGUUUAUUUGGCUUUUUUUUUGGUCGGAUCGUUGUUUUCAUUGAGGAUUUUGACAGAAAAAAAGCGUCAGAAUUUCUGAAAAAUUUUUCUUUUUUUUUUGUAAAAAAAUUGGUCUUUUCUGAAGGAUUUUAUACUUUUUUUCGAGCUAUUUUUUUCAUUGAAUUAAUGAAAAUCUGAGUGUAAAUGAAUAUUAUUAAGCACCAAGCUUUGAAAAAAUUGAAUUUCGAAGUUGAAAAAAUGCUUUUUCUAGACAAUUUUUUUAAAAAAUUGGAUAAUUUUGACCAAAUUUCAGGUUGAAAAAGACAUUUUUCCAGACAAUUAAUUUGAAAUUCGGUGAAAAUAAGGAAAUUGACUUCCAUUAGCUGCGAAACCAAGUUCUUGAGUCAUUUUGAACGAAUCCGAGUUUUAAACUUGAGUAAUUUGUUCCUUCUUGUAGUUGAUGUUCCACGUCUCGACGAUGCUCCCCUUCACGGUUGGAGAUGCCCAACAGCUGCAAAGAAAACGACACAUCGGCAAUGAUAUCGUGGCCAUCGUCUUCCAGGUGCCUAGACAUCCUGGUCCCUAUAGGGCCCCUUAGAAGCCCUUAAUUGUCCCCUCUAUGAGACCACUUUAAACCUUCCCCUAUAGGAGCCCCUAAAGCUUGAAAAACUGGCCCCUAUAGAGGUUUUAGUUAGUGGCCCCUGUAGGGUUUGCUAUUUUGAAUGGAAAAUAUCUGAAGGAACUCAUCAAGUAAGUUUUUUGACUUACUGAUUAUAACGAAAAGUUUAAUAUCUCCUCUAGGGACAACUUAAGCUACAGGCGCUUAAGGUUAGACCCCUUAAGGGACCACUUAAAUUUGAAGAUUUUUUUCUCCUUAACCCUAGAGGGUCCUUUCGACUUUACCUAUCUGAUUCAAAAAAAAACUUGAACCAUGAAGGGAAAAUAACCGAAUUUCCCGUCACAGGAAGCCAACACCCCAUUCGCGCCCGACAUGAUCGCCAGCAACUUCCUUCACGCCUACGUCGUCGUCCAGCCGGUUGACCCGCUGACCGACCGCGUCAGAUACCGAGUUUCCGUCGCCGCCCGAGACGAUGUCCCCUUCUUCGGGCCGACCCUCCCGGCUCCCUCCAUCUUCAAGAGGGGACAGGACUUUAGGUAUUAGGAAAUUAUUUCAGAGACAGCUCUAUUGAAAAAUAAAACGACUUUAGUUUGAACCAGAAAAAAAGGUCCUUCUGUUUCCUAUACCUUCCUGGUAAAAGUUUGAAAAAUUCUGGAUUCAAUUCUAAUAUCGAUAAGCUUCGAAAUUGCCCAAAUCUUUCAUUUUGAGACGUUUUCGUUGAGGAUUCUUGGUCAUAAAGUGCUAUAGUCUGUUCAGAUUUUGACUCUGAAGCUCGGCCCCUGAUUGGGUGAUAACCCAAUCAGAGAGCGAACCAUUCAGAAAGCGUUUUAAUAUGACGUAAUUUUUAGUUUAAGCUCCGCCCCUAAUGAUGCAAUGAACCAAUCAGAAAGCGUUUUAAAAUGACGUCAUUUUUAGUUUAAGCUCCGCCCCUAAUGACGCGGUGAACCAAUUAGAAAGCGUUUUAAUAUGACGUCAUUUUUAGUUUAAGCUCCGCCCCUAAUGACGCGGUGAACCAAUUAGAAAGCGUUUUAAUAUGACGUCAUUUUUAGUUUAAGCUCCGCCCUAAUGGCGUGAAAAACCAAUCAGAAAGCGAGCCAUUCAGAGAACCCUUUCGAUGACGUCAUUGUACUUGACAUUCUGAACAGAUUAUAGAAAAAGUCAAUAAUUAAGAAAAGUCGCGAUUUUUCAAUUUUUUUGAUUAUUCUCGAAACUGGAGUUGAUCUGGAAACUAAUCAGAAAGAUUCAAGAAAAUUUUGAAGUUGUUUUUUUAGAAACUUCAUCCUGACGAAGCUGAUCAACGCGGAGAAUGCGGCCUACAAGAGUGCCAAAUUCGCCAAACUUGCGGUGAUUUUUUGAUCUCAAAAAGAAGAAAAUUGAAUUUAUUGAAUGACAAUGAGCCAUUUUCUCAUGAUUAUCACAUGAAUUUAAGUGCAAAAUUCAUCUUCUUUGUUUAGGAACGAACCCGAGCCUCGCUUCUCGAUGGUCUUCACGCGAAUCUCCGAGAACGGGCCGAGUUCUACGCCUCGCCUUUGUUGGAAUCGGCGGCCCCCGCCAGCCCCGCUAGUCCUUCUCAUAAUGGAAUCCUGAGCAGCGUUAAGAAGGCCAUCAUCGGAAGGUAGUUGGAGGAAGGAAUUGGGAGUCACUUUAGUGGGGGAGUUUCAAAUAAUAAGUUAAAAUUUCGCUCAUAGUUUUGAUAAGGGCAGCUUUGGAGCAGUUCCAUUAGGUCAAAGUCUUUUUUUGCUCAUAACCCCUCUAGGGGCCACUCUGCCGUUCCUAAUGAGUCCAUUAAUCGACAUUUUAAGGCUUUUUCUCCCACGUGGCCUUGAGGUUCUGAAAAAAGAAAUAUUUCAUAAAUUUAUCAUUUUUUAGCUUCCAAGGAGAAUUUGGAGAGGGGGGCUAUAUCUUUUUUUAUAGAAACUCUCCACAGAGUGCUGAGUGGGGGACGAUUCCAGGAUGCCUAGGCGAUCUUCAAAACAAAAUCCCCCAAGAAAAAUCCCCCCUGACCAAAAAAACCACCAGAUUAACGAAAAUUUAAAAAAAUUCCUGGAAAAAUAACCAGCCCCUGUAAAAUAUGUAAUAUACAUGCCUAAAAAGAUUCUAAAAACUCUGAUCAAAACGCGGCCUUUCUUUAUGGGGGGGGUCGUUCGGAUGGGACUGUGGGGGCUGUUUCCUACGCCAGUGAGAGAGGGGGGGCAUUCUGUAAUAAUCCCUGAAUAGGCUCGAGACUUUUAGAAAUGAUGUUCAUGAAUUGCAUAAUUUUGCUGGUUCCAGAUCCCGUUCUGUGUCCCAAGAAGUUCAUCACCCGCAAAGAACGAUCUCGGUGAACCUCCCCCCGCGGACGACCACCAUUUCCACGGCGACGUCGACCCCGAAACGAGGCGCUCAACGAGAAAUGAGCUCUUCUUCGUCGACGGCCUCCGCCAGGACCCACAGUCCGGCGCGCGACGAUUCCAGGUAAAGCAGUCGUCCAAAAUGUUGCGUGCUUGUGUUUCUUGUUGAGUUUUGGUCCGUUUUGCAUGUCUGGGAAUGAAAAAAUGAGGUAAAAGUACGCGGAAAACGGGCUUAUCCCGCUCUGAUUUGUUAGUUAGAAACGGAAAAAGGGGAUAUAAACACAUUUUCUCCGACCAAAAUUUCAGAUUUCUGAGCUCAUAUUGUCGUCAAAAUAACUAUACAAGGUCUUGAGAAUUCUACAUAGGUUUUCGAGAGGCUCCGCCCCUUUUUAGGGUUACGUUAGGGAAAAUACCAAAAAAUAUGUAAUUUUUUUCUCCGGCGUCCAAAUCGAAUGAAACUUCUUUUAAGCCAGUGACAAAUCAAACACUAUUCGUGUACAAACUUUUUUUCGAAUCUUUUUAAAAUCGGAAGAAAACGCUCUUUAUGUUGUGUUCAGCUUUGAUUUGCCAGUCUAAAAUGAAAAAGACGGUAAAAUUACGCGCAAAAAUGCGAAAAAAAUGCUUGUUUAAAGUUUUGACCUUUUUUGAACUCUGAGAAGGGUAGUAAAAUUUUUCUAGUUCCGCUCACAUUUUUGCUCCUUUCGGGUCAUUUUUGGAGAACAUUUUUGAAAUUUGAGCAAAUUUUCGAGUCGUUUUUGCACGUAGAUUUAAAAAAAAACGAGCGAAAGCUAUUUAUUUAUAUUUGUGUCAUAUGUUUCUAAUUAUUGCUCAUAUUAUCAAGAGAUUUUUGGAAAUCACGACGAUUUUUCGAGUUUUUUUCGCAACCAAAAGAGAAAAAUAAUGAAGUUCAAGAAAAAAACAUUUAUUUACAAUUUUUUUGGUCCUCGAAAAGUCGGUGGAGGAUCAUGAAUAGAAAUUUUGAACCUUAGAGAUUUUGAAUGGUUUUUGUGCUCUCUAGGAUUUUCUGCAUGAUUUUUUUGCAUUUCCAAAAAAAAUUUAGGAGAUUUUUGGAAUGAAAUAUUUGGAUUUUCGAGAAUUUUGCAUGUUUUUGUGUUUUUCAGCACAUUCGAGCGAAAAUUUCUGUUUCAAUAAUUUUUUUUAUUUUCCAAGAUUAUUAUUGAGAGUUCAAUGCUUGGAAAAAAAAUAUCCGCAUUUUAAAGGUUUUGCAUUUUUCUGUGCUUUUCAUGAACGUUUUGCAUAUUUUAAAACGGCUUUUUUAAGCUUUAAAAUAAUAUUUUUCAGCAAAUUUUAUACCUUUUAUGGGUAUUUUUUUGUCCUUUCCGCUACUUAACUAUGUGUAAUUGCAUGUCCGCUUCUUCCUCACCUUUUGUUUUUUCUUUUUCAAGGUCACGUGGCCCAAGCGUCAAGCCCAAGCCAAGUUCCAAGCACAUGUCCAAGUGGUCGUUCCUCAGUCAUUCGCAGUUCCGAAGAAAGCACCCGCGUCGUAAAUAUAACCACUAACGCUUUUUUGUCCCAUUUCUGUUGGUUUUUUUCAUUGGAAUAUAUGAUUCUUUGAAAAAAAAAAAUUUUCAGCGAGGGAAGGUUCGACCGGCCGCCGAUGUGCCGACAUACGAGCUUGAAAAGCGUUCCUAUGACUAGGUAUACAUUUUUCAGCAUUCUUGCGGACCCCAUAGUGGUCCCUAGAGGGGCAAGUUAGAGAAACUUGAAGGUCCCCUAUAGGGACCUUUUUUGAAUGAAAUGAUAUCAAUAGAGGAUUAAUCGAAGUUUCAAAACGUCUUUCUAAUUUCAAAAAAUAGACCCCUAUAGGGGAAGCUUAAGCUUUAUGGGCUCCGGGCGGAAAAACGGAAACCCUAUAGGGACCACUUCAUCUUUAAGCCUUUGGGGAGCCCCUUUGCAAAAGUGACCACUCUAGGGGAACAUGCUGGUUGUAGAAUCAUUUCUAUGCAAAAAUUUCCAUAAAAGCUCUUUUUGAAUGGAAAAAAUAACAAUAAAAGACUUUUUUUCCUACCCUCUUGAAAGGGGAAAGAAUAUAGACCUCAUUGGGGAACACUCGAACUUUAUGGGCUCCGGGGGAAAUCUCCAGAUUGCCUAAAAUUAACCCCUCUAGGGAAAACUUUUAGUUUCUCAAAGGGUCGGUUCUUUCCUAACCCCUCUAGGGGCUUCUCUGGCGUUCCUGAGCCCUUAUAAGAGUCAUCUCGUAGGAAAAAAAGCCUGGAAACCUUUUUUUGAGAGUUCAAUAAGAAAAAUAAUUUGUUUUCUUCUUUUUCUUGUAUACCAAAAACUUUUUCAUUAGUUGAUGAAGAUUUUUUGAAAAUUCCAGUAAUUUCCAACGCAAAGAUGUGGGAUAAAAUGUAUUGGAAGCUUUUUUUUGUAAUGGACCUUUAUUUUUUAAAAGUCGGAUUGAAAACUUUUAACUUUUUCGUUACGCUGACAAGUUUGAAUAAUUUCAGACACGAGUGGGAAGUUUCCUCGAUGGAAUCGCCGGAGAACGAGCACGACUCCGACACUGGAAUGGUCAAUAUUUUUCAGCUUUUCCUUAGUUUUGAGAACUCAAAAAAAGUUUUCUAUAGCCUUGAAUCAGGUUUCAGUGAUGAUUUCCAAAGAUAUAUCUCCGAAUAAUUCAUGAUCAUAGUUCUUUUUAGGAGUCCAUGUCAUCGACGGAACUGUCGAACCAAACUCGAGCUUCUUCCUGCACUUUCUGUGUUGAUGACCUUCAUGCCACUGAAACCAAGAGGCUUGAGCACCUGAUUGAGGUAGCUUUUGGAGUUUCGAUUGGAAAUUUGGUGGUCGCACCUGAAAUGGAUCGAAGCGGCGCGGUCGAACUCUUAGGAGCUUAUUGAAUCUUAUCAAUUUGACACGGCUGAGCGCAAGUCGCUUUGGGUCGGACGCAUCACAGCCAUUCGGCUUGAGAUAGUUAUUUUCCAAGUAAGGGUCAAAAAGUAGAUUAUCGAUCUGAAACGGCUUAGCGAAAGCCGCUUCGAGUCGGGUGCAUAACAGCCAUUCGGCUUGAGAUCAUUCACUUCCAAGCGAGGGUCAACUAGUUAUAGCAUGAUUUUGACACGGCUGUGCGAAAGUCGCAUCGAGUCGGGCGCAGAGCAUUCAUUCGACUUGCGAAAAAUAGAUUUCAAGUUAGGGUCAAAAAAGUUCUUUAUGGCUCUGACAAGGCUGAGCGCAAGUCGCUUCGAGUCGGACGCAGUGCUUCCAUUUGACUUAAGAUCAUUUUCUUUAAGUUAGAGUCGAUGAAGUAUACGAUUCUCCUGAUAAGUCUGAGCGCAAGUAGCUUUGAGUCGGGCGCAGAACACUCAUUCGACUUGUGAAAAAUAGAUUUCAAGUUGUGGUCAUACAAGUUCUUUAUGGUUCUGACACGGCUAAGCGAAAGCCGCUUCAAGUCGGGCGCAUCGCAUAUCUAUUUUGAAGGCCAAAUUAAUUUAGUAACGGAUUAUUUGCAUUAAAAAUAAAUGAAAGACCUUUUUUUAGGACGUCAGCCGCCUGCAAACAGAAAAAACGGACCUUUUGCGCCAGAACGUCUCCUGCAAGACGGACAUCAAGAAACUCAAGGAUCGGUGGGUUUUUCAAUUAUCUCUAGCCCUAGGGCUGUUAAAAGCACAUUCUCAACGUAAAUAUUCAUUAAAAAAAAAUUUGAUUCGCUCAAAAUCUCAACAAAUCUAUAAUACCUUUUUGAGCAAAAAGAUCAUUUAUUCACUGCUGAAUUUUCAGAAACUUUGAGUGUAAUUUCACAAUUUUGCAGCCAAAGCUGCCUUUCCGAAGAGCUCGAUCGGGCCAACGACGAAAUCGCCCGGCUCAGAAGGAUGCUGAAAAAGCCGCUGAGCGAUUUAGCACCCGUCCAUGCCCCCCUUGAACGCUCCUAUUCCGACGUCUCUGUCUAA